UCUGCGCAUAACAUGGCGGCGCCAUGCCUCGCUAUUUACACCUCUGAAUCAGCGAAUAAUCGGGCGGUUUUAGUCUGUCCGGCCCGUAGGAAUGACUGUUGACCAUUCCUCAUUAUCGAAGAAGAAGACGUGUCAAAAGUGUGCCCUGCAGGGUGUUCACAGCCCACUACACCUGUUUCAGCUGAAUGACGAAGAAGCCCUGUGGAUGUGCAAAAAUGUGGACUGCACAUUUAUGCCAUCGUCCAACUGGGAGAGCUUAGUCGUGAAAAGGAGCAUCUCGGAAAUUCCUACCCCUUCUUCGAGGAGGAAAUUCAGCUCUUUGUCUUCUCGCUCAUCAGCAUCAUCAGUGAACUCUGUGUGCAGUGCGCCUGUGCUACAAGUUAAAUCUGACUUGGCUUUUCAGUCACGAUCAAGCACACCGGCAUUGAAGCAUUAUCGUCAAGGUGAUAGGCCCGGCACGUCUGCACUCUCAAUUGCAGCUACUGGUUCAUCAGUGUCUGUUUCAUCUGUAAGGAAAUCCAUAGACUCUCCCGUACCGGCUGCUUCUGAGGCGGUGUCGGAGGUUAAAGAGCACAAAUCUAUUAUACCUGUUGCACCAUUUCUUUGUGGACACGCUCAUAUCUUCUCCUCGUUCGAAACAAAAAGAAUCGAGGAUCGAAGACAGGGGAGAGUUCAACAGUCAUUCCUACCACGAAGCAGCAGUCGUUCUGGUGUUGGGAAACAACUGUUACCCGUGCGUUCUCGUGAGAGGGGAGACCCUGUCAGUUCAUCGCAAAGCUCUCGGCCUGCAAAACGUAGAGGAAGUAGUUUGGAUUCCGACUCUCAGUCCAGUAGCAGUGGGUCAUCUUACUCCAGGCCUUCCUCCCCUUCUGGCAGUUGCGAAGUGGUGAGAGGGAAAAAAGUGAGGAAAAUAGUGGUCACUCCGGACACUCUCAACAAGAUAGUCAGCGGCGAGCUCAAAGUGCAGAUAGCUAAAGCACCUGGGGCAAAGUCUUCGUCUGUGGUGUUAAAUCCUGUCGGUGGGAAAAAGCAAAGUUCCCGACUCACUCCGUCUGGGGAUAUCCGUGUCAGCAGCCAAGGGCCAACCUCUCAAGGGGACCGUCUUGAGGAACAGGCAAGGGGUGGUGUUGCUGCACCCGCUACAACCAACGGUGGCUUUGAUUUCGAGGUCACCCCUGUUGGCACGUUGGAUGCGCUGCUGAAAAGCCAAAGUGCCCAGCAGAGUCUGUCGUCUCUUCAGUUGCCAUCAGUAGGCGCUGUCCAAGAUCCCAGUCAACUGAAAGCUCACAUAGAGGCCAUCAAUUCUCACAUUCAAGCUAUCAACGCGGCUCUGGCAAACAGUAGCUCUCCAUUACUGAUCAGACCUGCAGAGAUUUCGAGGCCAGUGACUUCAGCAGGUACGAAGAAUAAAACAUCUGACCCUGUAAGCUCUGACAACUUUGAACAGGGCACUGUCCAGGGAGAAGCCUUCGCCGAGAGCGAUUGUGUGGAUUCAGAUUUCAAUUUACAGGACUUGUUUGGACCAAGUGAAGGGGAAGGACAUGCAGAUUGUGUCUCCACAAGCAUGAUCCAUUCGGAUUUUGUGAACUUUGAUGGGAAGGAGUUUUUGGAUAUGUGAAGAGACUGCAUGCGUUGCACACAUGAACUUGCACUGCUUUGUUGAUCAUGAUUUUCUUAUUUUCCCUAUAGCAAGGUAAGCUACAAAA